UGCAGCUUUCAGCAGGUCCAGAUCGAAGAUCACGAGGUGAGAAAGAAAUCUUUUCGGUUAUCCGCAUUCUAACUGUCUUCAUCUCCAAUCUCACUCCGCAAACGUCAAAAUUUAUCGUCGAUCGCAGACUCAAGAAUUCUCUGGGUCAUGAGCUGCAAGCCAUAUAAUUCAUCAAACCAGUAGGUUGUGGCACAUCGGGGAUCCCAUUGUUGGAAAUUGAGAAUUUGGAAGUUAAGAAUUAUCAUUAAAGGGCUAUUACACCUCGCAACCCCUAAAACCUACACAGUGCCACAAGACCUUCAAAGGCCUCAAACAAAUGGUCAAGGCUACCAAGUUGGAAUAAUUACAUCUUCCUGAUAAAACGCAGCACUGCAUUGAAGAAAAACCGGAUAGCAUUUCCUUGCUCCAGAUUCUGAGACCUACUGACCAAAAGCUAUGGAAUAUCUUUUCGACAACUACAGUUACUUUGAAUACAAUGACAAUUUUGAUUAUACCGACAUAGAAUUCUUGUGUACAAUGAAUGAUACCAGGAAAUUUACACGGGUGUUUAUUCCAGUUUUGUAUUCAAUCAUCACUGCAGCAGGCAUUAUUGGCAAUGGCCUGGUUGUGUUAACCUACUCUCUUUACAAGAAGGUGAAGUCUAUGACUGACAUGUACCUAAUGAACUUGGCUAUAGCUGAUAUAUUGUUCGUAGUUACUUUACCAUUCUGGGCUGCCAAUGAAGUAAAUGGGUGGAUCUUCGAGGACAUUGGAUGUAAAGUUCUCAAGGGGCUGUAUAGUGUCAACUUCUACAGUGGAAUGUUGUUGCUAGCUGUUAUCAGUAUUGAUCGAUAUAUUGCUAUUGUUCAUGCAACUAAGUCCUUCAAUUAUAGAGGAAAGACACUGAUAUACAGUAAAAUUAUUUGUGUAGCUAUCUGGCUAUCAGGAAUUGUUGUAUCCUUGCCAACAUUCAUUUUUAGUGAAAUGUACAAGUUUGAAACAACUGGAGAAUAUAUAUGUGAUAUCAGGUACCCUAAAAGCUAUUCAAACAUUGGUAAAAUGAUUGCUCCAACAAUACAACUCACACUGGGGUUUUUCAUACCUCUUUUAAUCAUGGUUUUCUGUUACUCUUUAAUAAUUAACACACUUCUCCAAGCUAGAAAUUUCCAGAGGCAUAAGGCAUUUCGAGUUGUAAUGGCAGUAGUAGUAACAUUUAUCUUUUGCCAAGUGCCAUACAAUGUCAUUGUACUUUACGAAACUGUACAUAAAACAGACAGAUGUGACCUUCACAAACAAAUGACCAUUGUGCGUACAGUAGCACAAUCUUUGGCCUUUUUACAUUGUUGUCUGAACCCUGUUCUCUAUGCAUUUAUUGGUGUUAAGUUCAGGUUUUAUUUUACAAAAAUAAUUCGAGAUAUCUGGUGUUUAAGUAAAAAGUACAUUACAUUUCGUCACAGCCCUUCAAGGCGUACCAGUGAAACAUUUGUGUCCAGGCGCACUUCAGAUUUUGAUAUUGACAACCCAUCAUCUUUUACAGUAUGAUCUUCAGAUUUCUACAUGAACUUUGUAAAUUCAAAUUUCAUGCCAAAAUGCAAUGUUAAAAUGCUGUUUCACAAUCUUUCCUGCUAAUGUAUUACGGCAUAGUGUAUGUAUGAGAAAUAUAAGAGGACUCAAGGUCUACAAUGCUCUUUCACACCACAGACUACUUCAAUUUUCCCCAUCUGUUUACUGAAUCUCUUGUUAAAAGUGAUCAAAGUUGUAACUCACAACAAAAUUAUGCUCUGUGAAAUUUCUCAUCCUGAUACAAAGAAGCACAAUAUAAUUUCAAAAUUAAAUUCCUAUCCACCUAUAUUUCUAGUCGCACGUGGAAACCAUUUCAUCAUAAUCCUGACUUGUGCCUUGUUGACGGUGAAAGGGCUUCGCAGGGCUAAAAGCUAAGUAUCUCACAAACUGAUAGCCAGCCUUUGAUUUGCGUUUAUAGUCACUAUUUAUUUGGCUGGUCUAAUUAGGUUUGUACCCUGGAAUGCAAAAUAGUGGAGGAUUCAGUAAUCACAAAUACCAUUGAAUCUCAAGUGAAAAUGUCAGAUUCUCUCUUAUUUGAAUGUACCAUAUAUAUUAUUUGUCAAUUUACAACACAAACCUGAAUAAUGUCCAGGUCUUGCAGCACGUAAUUUAAUCAUAGGCUAUUCAAAACCUCAGUACUUAUCAAAAUUAAUUGAACUGAUCAGAAUAUAAAAACAUAAGAGAAAGUUGUAAGUCUUAAAACCUCAUGAGACAGUCUGCCAUUCAGUUAGAUUGGGGAUGAACUUUCUCAUCUACUCCACUUACCUGCCAGAUCCCCAUAUCCUUUAAUUUCUUUAGUUCCCCACAAUGUUAUUUAUUUCAGUAAGAUCACCUGACAUUACUCAAAUGUGUAGACCCAUUCUACUCACUCUUUUGAAAAAGAGUAACGUUGGUAUCCCAAGAGUGAAUAUAGAGAACCUGUGAUGCAACCACUUCCUGCUCAUAUCUUCUGCGAUAUCUUCUGGACACUCAACUGUUUUCACACUAAGAUUAAAUAAAACUGCAGAUUCUGGAAAUCUGAAACAAAAACUGAAAUAGUUGAAGAAACUCAGUAGGUCUGGCACUAGCUGUGAAGAGAAAACAGUUAACAUUUCGAGUCCAAUGACCUUUCAACUCUGAUGAAGAAUCACUGGACGUGAAACAUUAACUCUGUUUUUUCUCUACAGAUGCUGCCAGAUUCACUGAGUUUCUCCAGUAAUUGCUGUUUUGUGUCAGUUUUCACACAUACAAUGGUAACACCCAGUAUCAUUGAUUCAAAACUGUUUGCUGGCAUUAGGUACUGGAUGAGCAGAAAGUUUGUUAAUCAAAUAUUGAUCAAAUGAAACCAUUGUCUUUGAUCUCUCCUAUGACCUCUGUUUCCUGCCUGCAUACCUCUGCUGGUGAGUGUCUGAGGCUAAACCAGACUUUAAAAUCACAGAUUUCCAUACAAGACAGAAAGAGGCCAUUUGGCCUGUCAAGUCUGCACUGACCUUCCAAAGUGUAUUCCACCCUAUUCUGAAUGUGGGAGGAAACCCAUCAGAUACAGGGGCACACAGUCCAGAUAGACAGUCACUCGUGGCUGUCAUCGGACCUGGGUCCCUUGCACUGUAAGGCAGUAGUACUAACCAAAGAGCCGCUAUGCCGCCCACAAUCUGUCAUUUUCGGUUAGGAAGAGGGUUUUCAACCAUAUUGUGUCACUGAUGCAACUAAUUUUAGCCUUUGUAACAUUUACCAGCUUCGCCCUUGUUGAAAUCCUUAUCUAGGUCCUUGUCACUUCCAGUUUUGUCCAAAGUAGUGCAUUCAAGAUUAGUUUAUAUUCUAGCUGCUGUAAAUUUGGGAUCAUACACAAAUCUAUUGUUCAUACUUCUAAGCUGCUCUGAAUCUCAUUAACUUUGUACUUGCUGUUAUAUGCUGCCUUCUAGUCAUGCAACAACUUUGUUUUACAGUUUUCAUCACUUAUUUUCCUUAACCCCUUAUAAUCCUCUCCCUAACUUUGCAAUAUUCACUAACCUGAGAAGCCUCUGAGACAUCUACAAUUUGGCACGACUGAUUUUAAUUGCUACACUGUUACUGACUGUGCCUAGACAUAAAUUUUGAACUUCGAUCCAAAAGCUUUUGGUCCAUACAUCCCUCUUAUAAGACAUUCUUUAAAACUUACCUUUUGUCUGAGCUUUUGGCGAUCCACCCUCCUAUCUCCUGAUGUGACUUUGUGUCAUACUUUUGUUUAUUAAUGCUUCUGUGAAACACUCCAGGAUAUUUAAUCGUAUUAAAUUCACAGCAUAAAAUUCAAGUGAUUACUGUUGUACUUCAUUUUCCUCGUAAUAUAAACAGUUGUUUUCUGUCAAUACUUUGUCUAACCAUACCAAUAUAAUCUUCUGUUCCUUUCUCACCAAUGCACUUGUCUAUUUUCCCCUAACUUGAAUAAUUGAAGGUUAUGUGACUUGUCUCCAACUGUGAAGAGAAACAUCAAAUAUUAGCGCUGGUAAUCAGAUUUACCACAGAAUCAGUUACGUGUCGAAUAUUGAAAGUCAGUGUAUAUAACAACCUUCCUGUUGUGGAGUACAUUGAGCCUGUUACUGCUCAGAAUUAAUCAUCUUUAUGGGUCUUGGGACUUCUUCUUUGCAAAAAUUGCAGUACUUGUGCAACAAUUACAUUUUCAAAAUUUUUGAGGUUGAUCGUAAACUGUUAUGCUGUACCAAUUCAUACAUGUUCUGACUUACAAAUGGAAAUUAGAUAUUUCAAAUGAGCUGAUUAAUAGAUGUUCCUUUUUGCAACAAAUCAGUACCUGCUAAU